AUGUCCGCCGCGUCGGGCUCGUCCUCGCGCUCGGCCACACGGCGCCUCAUCAAGGAGCUGGACGCCUGGCGCGUGGAGGCGCGGGACGAGAAGGGCAUCGAGCGCCUCGGCCCCGUGAGCGAGGACGACCUGCUGGUGUGGGAGGCUGUCUUCAACGGCAGCGGCAUCAGCGGGGGCUAUGAAGAAGGCCGCUGGCUGCUCUCGAUCCAGGUCCCGGCCAACUACCCGCUGUCGCCGCCGGCGGUGCGCUUCGUGACGCCCAUCGUGCACCCCAACAUCUCGCUCGAGACGGGCGAGAUCUGCCUGGACCUGCUGGGCGACGCGUGGACGCCCGCCUACGGCCUGCUCGAGACGGUCCGCGCCGUCCGCGAGGGCCUGCUGCCGCACCCGGAGGUCGACUCCCCGCUCAACGUCGACUGCGCCGCCCUGCUCCGGGAGGGGGACGCCGUCGGCGCGCGCAGGCUGGUCGAGCUGUGGUGCUCCUCCCGGGAGGGUAGGUACGAGGGCGCGUGA